AUGGCACCUCUCUUCUGGAUCCCAGGAAUCCUGUCACUGCUGCUUGCUCUGAAUUGGAAACAUGGGGCAGGGAGCCCCCUUCCCAUCACUCCUGACAAAGCCCCCUGCACCACAUAUCACCCCUGUGCCACUAACCUCAUGAUCCAGAUCAAGAGUCAACUGGUGCAGCUCAACAGCAGUGCCAACGUUCUCCUAAUUCUUUAUUGUAGGGUCCAGGGGGAGCCUUUCCGCCACAAUGUGGACAAGCUGUGUGACAACAACUUGAAGAACUUCCCAUCAUUCCACACAGAAGGCACAGAGAAGAAGAAACUGAUGGAGCUGUACCGCAUCAUCUCAUACAUUUACACAUUCCUGGGCAACAUCACCCAAGACCAGAAGACCCUCAAUCCCAACAACCAGAACCUUCAAAAUAAGCUGAACUAUACAAUGAGCACUCUGCGAGGACUCCUCAGCAAUGCAUUCUGCUGCUUAUGCAAUGAGUACCAUGUGGGUAAGGUGGUAAUAUUCUCCAGCCCACACACGUCAAGCAAAAACAUCUUCCAGAAGAAAAUGCUGGGUUAUCAGCUCCUGGUAAAGUACAAAAAAAUCAUAGCUGAGCUGGCUCAGGCCUUCUAG